AUGUCGUACAUGGGUAGUAGUUCUACAAAUGAAGAUGCCAGUGGAAAUAUCUGGAGUUCCGGAUCCCAUGGGGGUUCACGUACAGGUUAUUCACAUUCAAGCAAUUAUGACGAUAAUCGUCCACAGGAAGGUGGAUCUUAUCGUGGGUCAUUUGGAAAUAAUAAUUCAAGACGAGAUGGUGGUGGUGGUGGUGGUUAUGGAUUUCGACGACAAAAUAAUGAUAGAGGAGAAGUUGAAAUUCAAACUGAUACAAUAUUUAUUCAAGAUUUACCGAAAAGUAUUACACGAGAUCAAAUUCUUGAUAUUUUUUCAACGGUUGGCUCUAUUAAAAUUGAUGACCGAUCAGGUGGUCCAAAAAUUUGGAUUUACAAAGAUCGUGAUACAGGUGAAGCAAAUGGUCGAGCUACAGUAACUUAUGAGGAUGAUGAAACUGCUAAUAGAGCUAUUUCACAAUAUAAUGAUCAACAUAUUGACUCAAUAGGUACAGCUGUACGUGUGCAAUUAGCACAACGUCGUAAUCGAAAUAACAAUGAUCGUGGUGGUCGAGGUGGUGGCUACCGUGGUGCACGAAGUAAUUGGAAUGAUAAUAGUUCUCGUCAAAAUUAUGGUUCAGGUGGUGAUCGAUGGGCUAGCUCAGGAAAAGGAUUUUCCAAUGAUCGUAGUAGUGGUAGUGGUAGUGGUGGUGGUGGUGGUUUUCGUAGUAUGGGUGGCGGCAGUAGUUCAUUUCAAGAUGCAGAUGAUCGUGGCAGUUCAUAUCGUGGUAGUCGUAAUGGUUCAUAUCGCGGUGCUAGUCGCGGUAGUGGUGGUUCAUCAAGUUAUUCACCAUAUUAA